AUGCCCCUCCCCCGCUUUUUCGGCCUGCAGCGCUCCAUCUGCACACGCACAACCACACAAACAUCACUCCUCCUCCCAUCACCACUCUCCCUCUCCUCCACCGCGCUCAAAGCUAUCCGCUCCCACCACCACCACCACCACCACCACCACCACCAACACUCCUUCCAAUCAGCUCGCUCCCUCCACUCAGCCCUCCCAGUACUAUCAAGUACCACCACCCCCACUGCAACCAACCCUGCCCCCCAGUUCUCGAAAAAGGCGUUCCUGAAAGCUCUCCGCACGCCGCAAAAAAUGGCAACCACAAAGACUGGCGCCCCGCUUGACCGCGGCACCCUGGACACGCUCCUGCGCCGCAGGGUCUUCUACACGCCGUCGUUUGAGAUGUAUGGCGGUGUGUCGGGGCUGUACGACUAUGGCCCGCCCGGGUGCGCGCUGCAGCAGAGCAUCGUGGAUACGUGGAGGAAGCACUUCGUCCUCGAGGAGGACAUGUUGGAGGUUGACUGCACCAUGUUGACCCCCCAUGAGGUGCUCAAGACGUCGGGCCAUGUGGACAAGUUUGCGGAUUGGAUGUGCAAGGACCCGAAGAGCGGGGAGAUCUUCAGGGCGGAUCAUCUGGUUGAGGAGGUCCUUGAGGCGAGAUUGAAGGGUGAUAAGGAGGCUAGGGGUGAGAAGGUUGUCGUUGAAGAGGAGGAUGAUGAUAAGAAGAAGAGAAAGAAGAAGGUUAAGGACAUCCAGGCCGUCAAGUUGACCGAUGAGGUCAGGAAGGAGUACGAAGAGACUCUUGCCAAGAUUGACAACUACGAUGGCGCUGAACUUGGUCAACUCAUCAUCAAGCACAAAAUCACCAACCCUGCUACCGGUGGAGCUCUGGAGCCCCCGGUUGCCUUCAACCUGAUGUUCCAAACCUCAAUCGGUCCUAGCAGCAACUUGCCUGGUUAUCUCCGUCCCGAGACUGCCCAAGGUCAAUUCCUUACCUUUAACAAGCUUCUCGAAUUCAACAACCUCCGCAUGCCUUUCGCCUCCGCGUCCAUCGGAAAGUCUUUCCGUAACGAGAUCUCCCCUCGCUCUGGUCUCCUCCGUGUUCGUGAAUUCCUCAUGGCAGAGAUCGAGCACUACGUCGAUCCCGCCGAGAAGAAGCACCCCCGCUUCGUCGAGGUUGCCGACACCGUGAGCUUGAAGUUCCUCCCCCGUAAUGUCCAGGAGCAGGGACAGACCACCGUUAUCGAGAAGACCAUCGGUGAGGCUGUCAGGGAGGGAAUGGUCGACAACGAGACUCUUGGUUACUUCUUGGCCCGUAUCCACCUAUUCCUCAAGGAGAUCGGUAUCGACCAGAACAAGGUCAGGUUCAGACAGCACAUGCCCAACGAGAUGGCGCAUUACGCCACUGACUGCUGGGAUGCUGAGCUCCUGACAAGCUAUGGGUGGAUUGAGUGCGUUGGUUGUGCGGACCGUAGUGCGUACGAUUUGACUGUCCACUCAAAGAAGACUGGCCAGUCGUUGAUCGUGCGCGAGGCUUUGGAGGUUCCCAAGGUGUGGGAGCAGUGGGACAUUGCUGUUGACAAGAAGUGGCUUGGACCCCGCUUCAAAAAGGAUGCGAAGAAGGUUGAGGAGGCCAUCGAGAAGGUCCCCCAGGAAGAGAGGGAGAAGAUGGCUGCAACCCUGAAAGAGGGUGGUAAGAUCACUGUCAAGGUCGACGGUCUCGGCGAGGUGGAGCUAGACAAAGUGACUGUUGAGAAGAACCAGCACACCCAGAAUGUGAGGGAAUACACCCCCAACGUUAUCGAGCCCUCAUUCGGUAUCGGCCGUAUCUUCUACUCCCUCAUCGAGCACAUCUACUGGACCCGCCCCGGCUCCGAGCUCCGCGACGUCCUCUCCUUCCCCCCGCGCAUCGCCCCCACCAAGAUCCUCAUCGUCCCCCUCUCCUCCAACAAGGACUUUGCGCCGCUCGUCACCGCCCUCUCCCACAAGAUCCGCCGCGCCGGCAUCUCCAACCGCGUCGACAACUCCAGCACCUCCAUCGGCAAGCGCUACUCACGUAACGACGAGCUCGGUACCCCCUUCGGUAUCACCAUCGACUUCCAGACCGUCAAGGAUGGCACUGUCACCCUGCGUGAGAGAGAUGGAAUGAAGCAGAUUAGGGCGUCGCAGGAGCAGGUCAUUGAGGUUGUAAAAAACAUUUUGGAGGAUAAUGGAACGUGGGAGGAAGCGUUGGGCAAGUAUGGCGAGUUUCAGGGACAGGAACUAGAUGAGUAG